UCUCCACAAAGGUGACAUGCAGCCAUGAAGUGUCAGCAGCUCCUGUUGCUGUGGUGCUGCUCCAGCAUCCCAGAACUCACGCGCUGCAUCGCAGUUGGUGGAUUCUUGUGCGUGACGGCCUAUUGGGACACAAUUUCUUGUUUCUUGAACAUCACUGGUGAUCCUGUUGAGUCCAACACCAUCUACAACCUGACAUUCAAAAGUGUGGGUCCAGGCAAAGGGGAAUCCUGUCCGCUUCGGAGGAUGAAUGACAGCUACAGCUGUUUCUGCAAAAUACAUAGUAGAAACACCUUCGCAAAUUAUAAUAAAUAUGACAUAACACUUUGCCAUUCGUCUGUCUGUUACACUGUAACAAAGGGAUUUACACCACAUCUGAACAUCCAGCUGACGCCACCGCAUCAACCUGAGGUGCAGGAAACACCGGAGGCCGUCAACGUCACUUGGAAAAGUGGGUACGAAAGACAUCACUACCUCAAAGAACUUGACUACAUGCUCCAACUUGAGACGUCUGAAAGCACAGAAGCCAAAACCUCUCAACUCAAUUCACUCAAUAAAUCUCUGUUGAUUUUAAUGUCGGAAUUAAAACGUCACGCUACAUAUUGCGUUAAAGUGAGAUCUAAACCGAAGUCAAGGGAGUAUAAAGGGAUCUGGAGUGAGUGGAGUCCAACGACGUGCUGGAAAAAUGGAGAAGAAGACGAAGAAGAAGAAGACGAAGAUAAUAAGUUAUUCAUUUUGAUCAAAUCUCUGGGCCCCGUGUGUCUGGCUGUCGGGGUCAUGCUGUUUGUACUCAACAAACCUGCUAUAAGAAAGAAGAUACAAAUUCUGUCCCAGACACCGACACCGGCUCCUUUCUUCCAACCUUUAUUUCAACAACAUGGAGGCGAUCUCAAGGAAUGGCUUCAGCCCCAAGGCAAAUUCGCGCUGACAUACAAAACCGAGGAGAUGCUGACAACCGAUGCUGUGAUUGUUGAGCCUAAACCGGUUACAAAGGACCCAGAGGAGCACCGGGUCUUCUUCAACCCGAUGACACACCUGGCCCUGGCUCAGUGCCAUACCUCCUACGUAGGCUUACCCGGGGUACACGAGGCCACGCCGCCGUUAGCCAUGGCCUGUCCAGUGGGAACGCCUUACACUCGGCUCCAUUGCUCCGCCUGGGGUGUUGCCGCUGAAGAGGCAGAAGUCGUCUCCGCUCUACCUCAAGAUUUCCUCAACAUCAGCAGCGAAGACUCCGGCUGCAGCUGUGCGGAUCCGACCCAAAGCCCAGAGUGCAGCUUACCGAGCAGUCCCGUUGAUGACUGUCCCCCACCAUCUAUCUGCGUUGAUUACUGCAUUCUCAACAAAACAGCAGCAGGAUUUGUUCCUGUUUUACUCUCCCAAGGAGGCAGCCUAGAUGUUCCAUCUAAUUCCCUGCAAGAGGAAUAAGAAACGGCCCGUUGGUUCGGAAGAUUUCAAAACCUCAAUCACAAUAUUCUAUUGAGUGGUACCAAGCAGGCAUGCGCUCUCAUGUGCUGUAGGUCACGUGUUCCAAGUAGCACAUUUCCAUUGGCUACCUCGGUGUCAUGUUGAAGAGUAUGUUUUUGGUUUACUUAGUAUUUUUGUCCCUGUUUGCCUGUAGGCAUUGAGAUUAGGUAAAUAAGGUCUUCCGAUUUUGGACGUCUGCGUUCAUGUCCUCCAUGUACUUACUUGCAUGAAUGCUUAUGCUUAUUUGUUAAACGCUUACCUUGCAUUUGUAAAUAGUGAUUUGGGGCUGUACUAAAGUUGAAAUUCCACCAA